CAGUAAUUUGUCGCCUUGUGAUUUUAACUGGUUUAAAAUGGGUUGUUUCAUAUUUAGAUGUUAUGGUGUGUUUAGUUUGACCUUAUUUCACGUUUGAUAACAGUUGGCUAAUUUUCUAGCAAAAAUAAACAAACCUGCUCCGGAAGUACUUCGUGCUUGUGCCACGUCAGAGCUACAAAACUCUUACCAUUCAUGCUACACUCUGCAGCUUUUAGCAGUUUCUUCUCUCACCAUGUUGUUCCUGGGACUGGGCUGUUUGCUGCUGCAUGUGUUUGUGGUGUUUGGAACUGAGCUCACGUUUGAGCUCCCUGACAACGAUAAGCAAUGUUUCUACGAGGAACUAGAGAAAGACGUGAAGUUUGAAAUAGACUUCCAAGUCAUUGCAGGAGGCAACUAUGAUGUAGAUUGCUUUGUCACUGAUCCUCUAAACAAUGUCUUGUAUAAUGAGAAUAAGAAGCAGUAUGACAGCUUCUCUCACACCACAGCUAUGGCAGGAGUCUACCAGGUCUGCUUUAGCAAUGGGUUCUCCACUUUUACACAUAAAACGGUGUACCUGGACUUCCGCCACGGAGAUGAGGAACCUCUCAUGCAGACCAUGACUGGAAGUACAGCACUGACUCAAUUGGAGUCAUCUUGCGUCUCCAUUCAUGAGAUCCUGAAGGUGGUGGCUGACUCGCAGACAUGGUACAGGCUAAGAGAGGCGCACGACCGCACAAAAGCCGAGCAUCUCCUCGAGCGGGUGACCUACUGGUCCAUCGGAGAAACCGUCCUGCUGUUUGUUAUCGGCAUUGGUCAGGUCAUGUUGCUCAGGAGCUUCUUCAGUGAGAAGAAAGGCUCUGUGGCAGCCGCCACUUAAAACUCUUAGUCUUUAUGUGCCCUCGGAAAGAGAGGCCAAUGUGAGCACAUAAGUGCUUCAUGAGAUUAGCAUAUUUUUUUUUAGUGUGUUCAGCAAAUCUUUUUCCUAAAGGGAUAGUUUGGGAAAUCUUUUAAUUUUUUCCUGCGUACCAAGUGUCAAGACAAUCUUGUGAAUGCCCUUUUCAUGUCUGUGUUGUUUUGUUGUUAACAAGCUGUACUGAACACUUAAACUUAUGUUGAAUAUGAGAUUGACACCUUUCAACCUUGCACAGAUUAUUUAUUAUAUUUUUAUGGUGCAUCAUAAAGCAGGUUAGUACUAUCUAUCUGUCUAUCUGUUACCCGGAUUGCUUUACAAUAGGACCAUCAUGGAUUUACAUCUGGAUUCCCAGUAAUUACAUAAGACGUUGUGGCACAUCAGUUGUUUCUGAAUGUUAGUUGUACUUGUUUUAUAAUGUGUGUUAUGUUUGUGAUUACCUUAAUUUAUGUGCAAAAAAUGCUGUUAUUAGAGCUCUGUCUCCCUCAUGGCCUUGUGUGUCUCAUACAAAGUGCCUUAAGACAUCUUUAAUUAAAGGUUUAAAGGUUUGGCCUACUGUUUUUAAUUUGUUAACGUACCAUCCUUUUUUUUUUUUUACUGACUGAUUGGAUUCUCAGUUUUCAUUCUUAUUUUUUUACAUUUAGGUGUGAUUACAAGUCUGUUAUCUCAUAAAGAGAUAUGUUUAAUGGACCCAAUUUUUAUCGCAUUUGCCAAAGUUAUGCUUGCAGUCCUAAUUGUUUAUCUGUCUCCCUAUUAUCUUUAAAACCUUUCAACAGAUUUCAAUAAAAUUGCCAAACAUCGCCAGAUUUGCA